AAGUAAAAGCGCCGCAGCUAAUGGAUAGCGGUUUAAUGAUACUAGAAUGCUUCCGAUGUGAACAAUGAGGGUCUCUGUUGAUGGACAAAGAAAGUAGAGGUAACUUUGACACCUGGAGUUCCAGAAUGGUUUCUGGGGUUGAGUUUCGGUGCAAAGUAAAAGUUCCCACCAUCACUAACCUGCCAACUUUAAAUGAAAUUUCGUCAUCGGCUUUUGAGGGAUCAUAAAACCCUAACCUAAUCAAAAACCAAAUUGAUAUGGUCUACAAGCAACCAGUACUCAUUCUAAAAGGAACAGUUGUUGUAACAAUGUAUUGGAAGCUCUCGUUGUCUACCGAAAUCCAGUAAAAUUCGAAUUGAUGGAGUUUUGGUUCUGUCUCGCCAGCUAAUUUAUUCAACCUUCGAAUAGUCAGCGUGGAACUCUUUCCUUUUACUGCGGCUCGACCAAUCAAAUAUUUUUUUAUCGAUAAUCAUUCUUUUUAAAAUCAUGUCAUGUAAGGAAGUCGCUCAUAUUUGUUAUUUUAGAUCAGUUAAUUAUCUAAAGACUAGUGAAACCAAAUUUGUGUAAUUGCAUUAUUUUGUGAUUAACACCUAAUGUUAUUUUUGACCUGAUUUUUUAAUUGUAUCCUAACGUUUUUGUUGCAUUUUACUUGUAGUAUGACUUUUUACACGAAAAGCAAGUUAUUGCUGAUUAUGAUGAGUAUUUCAACGCAAAGAAAAAUUUGGAUGAAACACUGUCCACAUCAGUGUAUGGAAUUCCACCAGAUCAAUCUAAUCCAUUACAGGAAAGCAAUGAAAAGGGCAUUGAAUUACCACGCAGUUUUCAUUUCUCUGAUCCUCAGUCACGUUCUUCAAAUAAUUCGUGUCCAGCUUCAGUUAUCGGAACACCUCCACCUGCUGCUAGUCAUCUUGUUUCCGGGAAAGUUUUAGAACCUAGCAUAAUAGAUAGUGGAGCUUCUAGCCAAUUAUGUAAAUCAGAACAGAUGAAGGUUUCGGAUAAUAACCCUGAAUGUUCUAGUUCAGAGUUAAUUUAUAUGAAACCAGGCUCUUCUACUAGUUCCACAAUUUGCACAUACUUAAAAGAUUUUGAUAUCCAACCUGACGACCCAUUCACGAUGACUGAACUUAAAACAAUAAAUGAACUUGAAGAACUUAGGGAAAUUUUAAUGCAUGACUCUAUUUCUAGUUCCUGUCAACCACAACCUUAUCAUUCGACAACCAAGGAUAUAAUAAGUAAUCAUAGUGAAGGUUCAUCUGUCACCAACUCUUCGAAUACUCACUCUGUAAAUUCAGAAAAACUGAGUUAUCCUUCUUUUUCUAGUUCAAAAAACAAACACGAAACUUGCAAAUUUCCAGAAACAGCUAAUUCAUUUCAAAACAAUUUUUGUUUCGUAAGUAAUCAUAUAAGUGAUCAUCAAGUUCAAACACGUGCACAAGAUGUAGCUAUCUCAAAUGGCCUUCAUAAUUCAUCUGGAUUUGGUAAUGCACCGACAAGGUUUACAAAUUUGUCUAAGCCAUUUGUAAAUUCCUGUGUUCCAUAUAGCAUAAAGUCGAUUGCCUUCACCAAUCAACCUCAAGCCUUCGGUAGUAUCGCUGAACAAAACGGUCUUAUAAAUACUGAAAAAUGUCAAGACAUGUUUAAAAUCUCCACUAUUGGUAUAAGAACACCUGAUCCACAUCAUUCUCAAAUAAAGCUUUUAGAAAGUUUGUUAUCGUGGGCAACAAAUUGUGGUUUUUCUCAUUCUCAUACUCGUCGUCUCUUAGAAUUAGGACUACAGAAAAGAGCCUUUACAUGUCAAAAUCUUGAGCAGAACAAAUUGAUCUUGUUAAAUCUUCUUCAUACCUUCAACUCACUAUUGACAACUUUCUCAACUAAUCAAAAUUCUCAGAAGCUUAGUGAACAAUCAGCUCUUUUGAUUACAGUUACACAUCCUAAUAAUCUACUCAAGGCACAACAAUUGGCUCGCCUAGUUAUUUAUCUAGAACAGAGAGGAUUCUCACAAGAUAUGAUCUAUCGUUAUAUACAAAAUCCUCAUUCCAUGGAAAACGAAGAAGUGGCCAAAUUUCUCAACGAUUUAACAACACCUGCCAGUACUGUUCAUCAAGUCAGUCCUAUGAAUUUUCCAUCAUCAAAAUCACUUAGCAUGAAAUACCCAGAAAAAUGAUUGUGAAGACGAUGGAAAGUAUUCUUUCAUUUUCUGAUGUUCAUUGUUUUCAAUGAAAUUUUUCUAAUAUCAGUCGUGUACCGUACUACUAAUGCUGUGAUCACUAAAGCUUUUCAGAUUUCUUAACAGCCAAACAUUUCGUUUUCUUCCAUAUAAUAUUUGUACUACUUUCGUAUUAUAUUCCCAUUAUGUUUGCAGAUAAUAAAUAGUAAUGGUAUAAGAAGAACGGAUCGUGUCAACCAAUUUUUUUAUCAGUUUGACUUUACUUUUUCUCAGGUUUGUGUCGAAUUCACAGUAAUUAAAACUAAGAGGCUCUGUGUGUUCACUCAUUUUCUCUAUUACAUAUGUGAAAUCUUUUGUAAUUAACUCACAACUAACUACCAGCUGGCAGUUGUUUGAUAUUUUCUUUUAAGAAUUAUUGUAUGUAGUUUCUAUUUUUAAAUAAUUCACAGAUGUUUAUUUUCAAGAAUAAACUUAUUCAAACAUUUCCUAAAAUAUCUUUCCUCAAAGAAUUUCAUGGACGCAUUUUUCGUUUGUUUCUGUGAAGCAUUUAUUCUACUGACAUGUAGAUAGCAUUAAAUGUAAUACUCUUCUUGG